AUGGCGACUCUGCCGACCUUGAGGAACUUCAUUUUGACCUGCGCUGUCGGUGGGUGCUGGGCGUACUGGGCGGUUGGUGAAAGUUGCUGCGACGGACCUAAGCAUGUGCCCGGUCACGUGGUCGAAAUUUCACUGGGGAAUAGGCGAAUCACUGGUGCGUCCGCGCUGGAGCUCUACUGGACGGGCCACUGGUACCCAGGUACCGUGCCCGUACGGCGCUCAGUCUGCUCCACUUCCCAAGCUGGCCACGGAGCUCAUCGCGAACUUCCUCCGAUCCAUUUCAACAACAGCCUAGCUUUACCACGCCCCACGAACGACGCGACCUCCCGCGACGACGACGACAAUACGCAAACACACACCAUGGCUCCUCCACCUGCGUAUAUCAUCUCCAAGGUCGCGGACCCCAUCUUUGCCUUGGUGAUUGGACUUGGUGCCGCAGCGACGAGAAUCAAUCGCGAGGAGAAGGAAAAGGGCAAGACUACACAAGAGACCAUUGCGGCGGCGAAGAGGUACGGUGUCUAUCACCAGUACACUGGUACGAUCUCUGACUAA